CAAGGAUGUCUAUCAACCUAGCCACUCAUUCGAACGGUAGAAUUUUGAAUUGAACAAUAGCACUAACGAUCACUGAAUUCAUGGCUACGACUCCAUGUUCGGUCCCAACGAAUUUCGACCCGCAAUGCUGCCGAACGUUGCGCUCUGAACGACUUUCCGGAUUCACUUCAUGAAUAUCCCCAACCACCCGCCCAGCCAUCUUUUCGCUACACGUAGUAACUAACACGCACCAAAAAACUCUGCGACUAAAAAUCCUUGUCAUCAACACCCACCGAAAUCAAAUAUCCUCAAAAUUCUGAAACAUGCCGAAAUCUCCACGAAGCUCGUACACGCCUCCGCCUCCGCGUCCACGGCGGCCCUCUAGAAGAUACUCGCCAACCUUUGCCUCGACACCUCGAACGGAUGACUCUGGUAGUCACUCCUCGAGUCAACCAUUGAGAUCCUCAAGAUACAAUGGAUCUUCACACAGAAACUCCUUUGACAGCCCUUCGCGCCAGCUAAUGGAAGAGUUUAGUCAAAUGAUGCUUGAUGAAGACCGGACCUUUCAGGCAUCUCUAGACAAAUUCUUUCAAGAGCAAGAAGUUAUCCAUCGCGCGGCACUUGAUGAGGUCGCAUUGGAGCAUGAGCGCGUUCGCAAGUCUGCAGAAGUAGCACGAGAGACGCAUGACCUCCAGAUCCAGAAAGAGAUACGUCGUCGUGAAGAAGAAGCGCAAAAGAAAUUGGAACGUGCACGCGCAGAAAAAGAAGAGGCUGAACAUGCCCGCAAACUUGCAGAGCUGAGAAAGGAAGAGGAGGACCAGAAGAGGGCUGCCGCGAAAGCAAAAGAGCUUGCCGACGCUGCUAAUCGCAUCACUGAAGAGAAGUUGAAGCAGUCUGCCGAGGAUGCCAGACAGAAAUCAGAGAAGGAGGAUUUGGACCGUAGAGUUAAGGCCGCGGCUGAGGCUGCUGCACAAGAGGCUGCUGCGAAAGAGGCUGCUGCGCAAGAAGAGGCUGCUAAAAAGUCCAAACUAGCACAGAAACCAACUCCUGGAGCAACAGAAAGUUCUACAGUUCUGGCAUCAUCACAGUCUGCUGCACAGCAGCUGCAGGUCCGAGAUCCCACUAAGCAAUGCGAGAUCCAAUCACCCUUCGUGACGAGCAAUGCUGAGCGCGAAAGGAUUCACCAAGAAUAUCUUGUCAUCCACGGUCAAUUGAAAGAGCUGCGGAAGCAUGUCGCUGCGCUUGGAAAGGAAAACAAGGCGAUUGGCGAGUUUCGGCGGAAGUUGAAGUCACGGGUCGGCCAGAUCACAACUGACUCGAAAUCAAAUGUCGAAAUUCGCAAACACAUCAUCGAAAUUCUGAAGAUGUCCAUACAAGACUCUGGCAACGUUCCUCAAGUCGACAUCCGGACUUUUGUAUCCUCCUCUUCACCCAUCUCCAAGAACCAAUCUCCUUGCAACAUGCCACUCCUCCUCAUCUACUACCUCCAUAUGCUCUGCAAGUUCGUCUGCAAGCAGUUCUGCGCCGAAUCAAACAUGGCCGAGCCCAUCAUGAUCCAGCUCGCCUUCAUCUUCUCCGAACAAGACUUCUUCUGGGAUGGCGCCUCGCUCAUCGACAUCCUCCUCGCCAAGUUCCACCGGGCCUGUCCCGUGCUCUUCGGUAUUUACGGCAACGAAGCCACACUCGACGGCCGUACGCGCCUUGGCUGGCAACGCAUAAGCGGCGCCUUCAUCUCGGAAGCAGAGCACCGCCGUCGCAUCACUGGCUAUGCGGGCGGCUACGCCGCGAUCUCACUACGCAACUUUUCAAAGUCAUCAAGGAAGAACCCACUACCGAAUUUCGAAUACUGGAGGGCCAUGUCGCGCAUCGUAAACACGCCGGAAAUCGACAUCACGAAGACGCACCUGAUUGUACUGCGCGGAAUGCUGGAGAGGUACGCGGAGCGGUUCAUCUUGAUCUACGGCGAGAUGGCCAUUGUGGCGAUGCGUCAUGCUACCAGAGUCUUCCCGGCUCGUGCAGCUGAGCGCUUCCCUGAUGCCGCAAAGGAGGUGUCGUUCUUGCCAGAGCACUUCAAAAAGGAUAUACGCUUGUCGCUGUAGCGGCUGGUCCACUACGAUGAUUGAACGGGUCUCUUUACGUAAGUUCCGAUCUUGUCCACAGGUAUACUCAUAUACUGCAUAAGCGUCAAUCAAUGGCAGCGGCAGUCACAGCAUGGCGUUUGUGGAAGGGGCCGGAAAUAGGUACGAUGCAUGAAUGAGUCCAUGCCCCUCCAUAGCGGAAAUUCAAUAACACAUAUUUGAACCUUUGAU